AGGCCCGGUUUUUAAAAUGGCAUAUGUUGGCAGCGGCCGCGCUCUGGACCUCAGCUGCGCCAGGUGUGCGCGCUAGGGACCUUUGAAGGUCUGCGUUAGUUUGCCUAGGCUUCUGCUCUGCAUCGGGACGAUGGAAUUGAAAGGGCACCCCGAGGGCGAAGGCGCGGGGUGGCCUCGUGUCAGAUUGCUCUUGGACUUGGCUUCAGAUGAACAGAUCUGCCCCGUGUACAGGCACAGUUGCUGAUAUGUGUUCAAGAUGAGUGGAAUGGGAGAAAACACCUCUGACCCGUCCAGGGCAGAGACAAGAAAACGCAAGGAAUGCACUGACCAGCUUGGACCCAGCCCCAAAAGGAGCACCGAGAAACGUAAUCGUGAGCAGGAAAAUAAGUACAUAGAAGAACUCGCAGAGCUGAUUUUUGCAAAUUUUAAUGAUAUCGACAACUUCAACUUCAAACCUGACAAAUGUGCAAUCUUAAAAGAAACUGUGAAGCAGAUUCGCCAGAUCAAAGAGCAAGAGAAAGCCGCCGCAGCCAACAUAGAUGAAGUGCAGAAGUCAGACGUGUCGUCCACAGGGCAGGGUGUCAUCGACAAGGACGCACUGGGGCCUAUGAUGCUUGAGGCCCUUGAUGGGUUCUUCUUUGUAGUGAACCUGGAAGGCAAUGUGGUGUUCGUGUCAGAGAACGUCACACAGUAUCUAAGGUACAACCAGGAGGAGCUGAUGAACAAAAGUGUCUACAGCAUCCUGCAUGUCGGGGACCACACUGAAUUUGUCAAGAACCUGCUGCCAAAGUCCAUAGUGAAUGGGGGGUCUUGGUCUGGUGAACCUCCCAGGCGGAACAGCCAUACCUUCAACUGCCGGAUGCUGGUAAAGCCUUUGCCUGAUUCAGAAGAGGAAGGCCAUGAUAGCCAGGAUGCACAUCAGAAGUAUGAAGCUAUGCAGUGCUUUGCUGUGUCUCAGCCAAAGUCCAUCAAGGAAGAAGGAGAAGACUUGCAGUCCUGCUUGAUUUGCGUGGCGAGAAGAGUCCCCAUGAAGGAGAGACCGGCCCUUCCGUCAUCUGAGAGCUUUACCACCCGCCAGGACCUCCAAGGCAAGAUCACGUCUCUGGACACUAGCACCAUGAGAGCUGCCAUGAAGCCAGGCUGGGAGGAUCUGGUGAGACGGUGCAUUCAGAAGUUCCACACGCAGCAUGAAGGGGAGUCUCUGUCCUACGCCAAGAGGCACCAUCAUGAAGUUCUGAGACAAGGAUUGGCAUUCAGUCAAAUAUACCGUUUUUCUUUGUCCGACGGUACUCUUGUUGCUGCACAAACGAAAAGCAAACUCAUCCGUUCUCAGACGACGAACGAGCCUCAGCUUGUAAUAUCCUUACACAUGCUCCACAGAGAGCAGAGCGUAUGCGUGAUGAACCCGGAUCUGACUGGACAAGCCAUGGGGAAGCCAUUGAAUCCAAUUAGCUCUAGCAGUCCUGCCCAUCAGGCCAUGUGCAGUGGGAACGCAGGUCAGGACAUGACCCUCAGUAGCAAUAUAAAUUUUCCCAUGAACGGCCCAAAGGAACAGAUGGGCAUGCCUAUGGGCAGGUUUGGUGGUUCUGGGGGCAUGAACCAUGUAUCAGGCAUGCAAGCAGCCACUCCUCAGGGUAGUAACUAUGCACUCAAAAUGAACAGUCCCUCACAAAACAGCCCCGGCAUGAACCCAGGGCAACCCACCUCCAUGCUCUCACCAAGGCAUCGCAUGAGCCCCGGCGUGGCUGGCAGCCCUCGUAUCCCACCCAGUCAGUAUUCCCCUGCAGGAAGCUUGCAUUCCCCUGUGGGAGUUUGCAGCAGCACAGGAAAUAGCCAUAGUUAUACCAACAGUUCCCUCAAUGCACUGCAAGCCCUCAGCGAGGGCCAUGGGGUCUCAUUAGGGUCAUCGUUGGCUUCACCGGACCUAAAAAUGGGCAAUUUGCAAAACUCCCCAGUUAAUAUGAAUCCUCCCCCACUCAGCAAGAUGGGAAGCUUGGACUCCAAAGACUGUUUUGGACUUUAUGGGGAGCCAUCGGAAGGUACAACUGGACAAGCAGAGCCCAGCUGCCAUCCUGGAGAACAAAAGGAACCCACUGAUUCCAGCAUGCCCCAGGCGGCCAGCGGGGACAGGGCCGAGGGACACAACCGGCUGCACGACAGCAAAGGGCAGACCAAACUCCUCCAGCUGCUGACCACCAAGUCCGACCAGAUGGAGCCUUCACCCCUGCCCAGCUCCUUGUCAGACACAAGCAAGGACUCUGCAGGUAGCUUGCCUGGGCCCGGGUCCACGCACGGCACCUCGCUCAAGGAGAAGCAUAAGAUUUUGCACAGACUCUUACAGGACAGCAGUUCCCCUGUGGACUUGGCCAGGCUGACAGCAGAAGCCACGGGCAAAGAGCUGAGCCAGGAGUCGAGCAGCGCAGCUGCGGGGUCAGAAGUGACUGUCAAACCAGAGCCAGCCAGCCCCAAGAAGAAAGAGAAUGCACUACUUCGCUAUUUGCUCGAUAAAGACGAUACUAAAGACAUUGGCUUGCCGGAAAUAGCCCCCAAACUUGAGCGGCUGGACAGUAAGGCAGAGCCUGCCAGUAACACGAAACUGAUAGCUAUGAAAACUGUGAAGGAGGAGAUGAGCUUUGAGCCCAGUGACCAGCCUGGCAGCGAGCUGGACAACUUGGAAGAGAUUCUGGAUGAUUUGCAAAAUAGUCAGUUACCACAGCUUUUCCCAGACACAAGGCCAGGAGCCCCUGCUGGGUCAGUUGACAAGCAAGCCAUCAUCAAUGACCUCAUGCAACUCACCGCUGUGGACAGCAGUCCUGUUACACCUGUUGGAGCCCAGAAAACAGCGCUUCGAAUGUCACAGAGCACUUUUAAUAACCCACGACCAGGGCAACUGGGCAGGUUAUUGCCAAACCAGAACUUACCCAUUGACAUCACAUUGCAAAGCCCAACUGGUGCUGGACCUUUCCCACCAAUCAGAAACAGUAGUCCCUACUCAGUGAUCCCUCAGCCAGGAAUGAUGGGUAACCAAGGGAUGCUAGGAAGCCAAGGAAACGUAGGGAACAAUAGCACAGCCUCCUCUGCCUUGCAUACAGGGAUGAUUGGCAGUAGCACUUCUCGGCCCGCCAUGCCUUCUGGGGAAUGGGCACCACAGAGCUCGGCUGUGAGAGUCACCUGUGCUGCAACUACUGGUGCCAUGAACCGGCCCAUCCAAGGAGGAAUGAUCCGGAACCCAACAGCCAGCAUCCCCAUGCGAGCCAGCAGCCAGCCUGGCCAGAGACAGAUGCUUCAGUCUCAGGUCAUGAACAUAGGGCCUUCUGAGUUGGAGAUGAACAUGGGGGGACCUCAGUAUAAUCAACAACAAGCUCCUCCAAAUCAAACUGCCCCGUGGCCUGAGAGCAUCCUGCCUAUAGACCAGGCAUCUUUUGCCAGCCAGAACAGGCAGCCGUUUGGCAGUUCCCCCGACGACCUGCUGUGUCCACACCCUGCAGCAGAGUCUCCAAGCGAUGAGGGCGCUCUUCUAGACCAGCUGUAUCUGGCCUUGCGGAACUUCGAUGGCCUCGAGGAGAUUGAUCGAGCUCUGGGGAUCCCAGAACUGGUCAGCCAGAGCCAAGCUGUAGAUCCAGAACAGUUCUCAAGUCAAGAGGCUAACGUGAUGUUGGAGCAGAAGGCCCCUGUUUUCCCACAGCAGUAUGCAUCUCAGGCGCAAAUGGCCCAGGGUAGCUAUAAUCCCAUGCAAGAUCCAAACUUUCCUACCAUGGGACAGCGGCCUAAUUACACCACACUCCGUAUGCAGCCCCGACCAGGCCUCAGGCCCACGGGCCUCAUGCAGAACCAGCCAAACCAACUGAGACUUCAACUUCAGCAUCGCCUCCAAGCACAGCAGAACCGCCAGCCACUUAUGAAUCAAAUCAGCAAUGUGUCAAAUGUGAACUUGACGCUGAGACCUGGAGUGCCGACACAGGCUCCGAUUAACGCCCAGAUGCUGGCCCAGAGGCAGAGGGAAAUCCUCAAUCAGCACCUUCGGCAGAGACAGAUCCAGCAGCAGCAUCAGCAGGUGCAACAGCGCACUUUGAUGAUGAGAGGGCACGGGCUGAACAUGACCCCCAGCAUGGCGGCUCCCAGCGGCAUGCCGGCAGCCAUGAGCAAUCCCCGGGCCCCCCAGGCCAAUGCCCAGCAGUUUCCGUUUCCACCAAACUACGGGAUAAGUCAACAACCUGAUCCUGGCUUUACCGGGGCUACCACACCCCAGAGCCCUCUAAUGUCCCCCCGGAUGGCGCACACCCAGAGCCCCAUGAUGCAGCAAUCUCAAGCCAACCCAGCCUACCAGCCCCCCUCAGACAUGAAUGGAUGGGCACAGGGGAGCAUGGGCGGAAACAGCAUGUUUCCACAACAGUCGCCACCACACUUUGGGCAACAAGCAAACACCAGCAUGUACAAUAACAACAUGAACAUCAACGUGUCCAUGGCAACCAACACGGCUGGCUUGAGCAACAUGAACCAGAUGACAGGACAGAUCAGCAUGACCUCAGUGACCUCCGUGCCUACGUCGGGGCUGUCCUCCAUGGGUCCCGAGCAGGUAAAUGACCCUGCUCUGAGGGGAGGCAACCUUUUCCCAAACCAGCUGCCUGGAAUGGACAUGAUCAAGCAGGAGGGAGAAGCAUCCCGGAAAUACUGCUGACCCUGCAGGUAGCUGUUUGCGUCCAUCCGGCUUCAACCCGCGGGGCUUACUAGCUCAAACCCCUGACCAGUCUGCGAAGCGAAGCUGCUGCGUCUCUUUGUUCUGACCCACCUGACCUGCCACCGUUCUCCUAGGACACCAUCAGCAGACAGUUGGGCCCUGGCCCCGGCGUAGGGUGUGCCGGCUUGGCUGCCACUGGAAGGCUGUCUCCUGACAGCCUGAAGCUUGCCUCCAGACCAUCUCACAGUCUGCUCACUGCAUUCACCUUAGUGCAACUUAGAUCUCUCCUGCAAAGUAAAUGUGGACAGGCCAACUUCAUACCCAUUCAGAUUGAAUGUAUUUAAGUGUAUGUUCUGAGGAGAAUCGUGCUCUUGCUCUGUUCCUGGUCGGCUCCACACACUGGUUUCUUCUUGCUUUGUUUUCCUUGGCUAAUCAGUCUAGUCCAAAAGGUUAUGAUGUAUCUGGAGGUAAGAAAGGGGUGUCUUUUCACCAAGUCAAAGCUAAAAGCUGCCUUUGGGACGGGAGCAGGGCAGGCACUGUGGGCUGUCUGUGGAAGUGCCCGGGGCUGGAGGCGCAUCUUACAGAAAGCCCCCACCGCGGCGGAAGGAGUGAGCGUCCGGUUUUCGAGAUGAAAAGGCACCUGAAGGAGGAAUGUUCACACAAGUGUCUGUCCCAGUUCUUUCUCUGUGAAAACCAAGCUGGUUCCCCCAAUCAGGAGGAAAAAGGAAUACUUAUUUCUAAAUUGUUCUUAGAUUGAUCAGGUGGUUUAAAGUGGCAUCCCGCCCCGCCCCGCCUUUUCUUGUCCCUCCCACUUCUGUUCUCGUAAAUAAAAACAGCAACAGCCUAAGCUGUAGAAACCAGGCUAGCCAUUCAUCCUGUCAGUGUUUGUAGCCGCUUAACAGCAGCUUACCAUGGAAAACGCAUUUCCCGUCAAGGAGAGGGACAAAGCGGAGACGCUGCCGCCCAUCAAGCUGCAGUCAGGCUGCGGCACCUGCUUAUGAUGGCCUGGGCUGCGGCGUCGUCCGCUCUGACCUCCAAAAUGAGAGGUUACUAAUGAAACCUACAGCAGACAUCACGACAGAUCUGACCUCUGCCAUGGGUUUUUAUUUUGUUUUUUAGCAGUGCUGACAAAGCAGAAGUUUUGUAAGGUACAUACAAAUCCAGUUUAUAUGUAAACAAGCAAUAAUUUAAGUUCGGAACCUAAGUGUUUUAAUUGUAUAAUUUUGUGAGGUAUACAUAUUGUGGGAUUGACGCAAAAAUGAGGUACUUCAGUAUUAAAUUAGAUGUUCAUAGCAAUGCCUCCUAAAGGUGUGUUUGAAGGCUGCCGAUGCCUUGAUCAGACCUGAUUUGUAGACUUGAGACCUUUUGUUUUCUACACCUUGAGAUUCUGCUCGUGAAUCAUGUUAUCUAAUCUAUAUAAUAUGCAGCCGCUGUAGGAACCAAGUCUUGAUUUUAUAUGUUUAUAUUCUUUCUUAAUAAACCUUAGAAAGACUACGAGUUACUAAGCAGCGCACUUUUAUGGUUGUUUUUCCCGCCCACUGUAAGGGGGGGGUUUAACCUUUGUUAAUUGGUGUCAGUUUCAGACAACUGCAGUACCCAAAACUAAGACCUUUCCAAUUCUCCCCAGCCCCGAUAUACAUACUUUCUUACCUAAAUUUCAGAAUGAUAUCUUUUUUGAUGUCUAAAAUCAAAGCAUUUUAUAAUAUCUCAUUAUUAGCCAAGCUUUCUAGGAACAGAGAAGUUUUUCCUUGAAAUUUGUUUAUUCCUGGCAGGGUGAAAAACAUAUAAACUACCCUAUUUAUAUUUGUAUCUCUCUAUAUAUCUACAGAUUGUAGACAUAUAGAAUGAGAUAUGACCCAAAGACAAAUGCUAAACCAUCUGAAGGUGUUGCUCCGUGCUAAAGAACUUUCUGGAAAUUUGCAUUUCGAUAUAUUUGUCCGUUUGGACAAUCUCAGUGCAGGGAGGUGGCCAAGUAACAGCUCUUCCCAGAGGCCACCAGUUCAUGUGUCUGCCCGAGGCCCCACUGUCGGUCACCAGUGCUGGCAAAAGGGAGAAGAUGGAGGCCCAGAGCUCUAGGACCGUGCCCCAGUAAUGAGAUGCAUGUGGUACACUACUGAAUGCCACCCGUUUUCAGAUAAAUUUCUAGAAUUAUGUGGAGUUGGCUAACUAACUGUUAACUUCACCAGGGCACAAGAGAAAAUGGAAUUGAAAACAGAUUUGUUUUGAAUUUUAAAUCCCAUUUCACUAUAACACCAGCCACAAUGUCUGUCUUUCCACGUUCAUCCACUCUACCACUGUUUUCUAAUGCCCGUCCCAACCAGACAGGUGUCCAAAGCUGGCAGUCAGAAUAGCCCGUGAUCAUGAUGUGAAGACGAGAGUAUAAGCUCCCUCAUAGUCCAGAGCAGUAAUGCAUUUUCUUUUCCAUCUAAUUAGGAGACUAAAAUAAGUGAAGGAGUCCUCUGAUCAUGUUCUCACAGAAGCGAAUGCCAAAUCAGUUCCCUUCAUCAUCAGUAUUUCUCAUGCUGUACACAAUAAAUUUGUUCUUGGUUUUUGUUGAGCAGAACACAGGAUCAGUGUUUUCCUAUAUUACUCAAUGUGAAAAAUACACACACCUUAACUCGGUUGUAAAACCCAUUUUAGUGUUCAUGUAACGUGGUAAGUUUUAAAAGUGAAGUGAGCUGUGUUUCUACAACAGAUUCGUCUGACUCAACGACUCAGACACCCCCUAUGUGUAUCUCUAACAACCUGUAAUAAUUGGAAGCAAUGGUUUUUUGCAGUUUCGGACGCAAUUUUUAAUCUGUGUUUUAGAGUGGAGUUCAUAUGGGUGUGGCACAUGAGCUGGGAGGCACAGAUCCACUUGCAGAACCCAAAGAUACACAAUCAGUUUUGAAAUGCAACUUAAGCCAUUAAUUGUUGGUGUGAAUUUAAAAUUUUCUAGUGUUUGUAUGGUAGUAUGCUGCCUAAGAACAAAGCACUCUCUGCACAAAAGAAAAUUACUGUAGUGGCUUCGAUUUUAAUUAGAAUUUUCUCCCUGGUGUUUCUUUAUAGACUAAAACAAGAUCUUUUAAGUUUCUUACUACAGGUAAAAGCUAUGUGAAGAACCUCAAAAUGCUAAAACCUAGCAUAAUGCCUUAGAUCUGUUUUUAAGUCUUGUAUAUUCCUACAUAGCUGUCCAAUGUAUUAUAUUUGUAUAGUGAAUUGUGUACAAUUUUUGAAUAAGUGCAUCAUCACUGACCCUUAUGUUAUUGAACAGUGAUGAUGAUCCAUUUCUUCAAACAUUUAACUGUCAUUUUUUUUCCUUUGUCAUUCGUGGGUUUUAUUUGUACAGUUCCUCAUGAAGUUGCAUCUGAGAUAUGUGUAUAUGAAAAGAUUAUUAAUUACAAGGGUAAAAUUAAGCAAUAUAUUAACUAUGGUUCUUCAGGAGAAAGCUUACAGUGUUUCAGGUUGUGAUUUAUUUUCAAAGCAGAGUUGACUCUGAACAUCACUUUGUUCAUCUGCAUUGAUGUUUGUAUUUCUAGUGUGAGCAGUUUAUGCAAAGGUAGAUAUAUUCAGAGAAAUUUUAAAUACAUUUAUGCAAGUUACUAUUGCUUUGCUGAUGCUAUUUGCUUAUUUGAUGUUAAAUAAUGCUAUUGUAAAUAAAGAAUCUGUUGUUACUGCAUCAUUUAAUAAAUUUUAAUGCCUUCGGGUUUUACAUGG